UGGACUUAUGACCGUCGCGAACAGCCGGAGGGGGUCCUUGACAGAACUACGUAGCAUUUUCAACCGGAAAUCAAAUCUACAUUUGUGUGGAGUGUAUUCCGUUUGUUUAUUUAGCUUUCUAGGAACACAAAGAUGCUGGCGAUAUUCAACUCCAUUCCAACAUAUAUGGAUUACAAAGGCCAGAAGCUGGCUGAGCAGAUUUUCCAGGGAAUAAUUCUCAUCUCAGCGGUGAUUGGAUUCAUAUAUGGUCUGGUCAUUGAACAGUUUGGGUGGACAGUGUACAUAGUUUUGGCCGGUUUUGCAGUGUCCUGUGUGUUGACUCUGCCCCCAUGGCCAAUGUACAGAAAGAGCCCUCUGUCCUGGCAGCCGGUUGUACCAGAGAGCAGCGGGGAGACCAACCAGAAACCUCAGGAGAGCCUCAAGAAGAAGAGGCACAAGUAACUCCGAGCUGUCCAAACCCAGCUGCAUAUACAUCACAUCUUUUUUAUAAUGUUAUUUACUUUGAAUGUGAAAAUUCAAAUUUGAAGCAUUUGGAAGAAUAAUGUUGUUACAUUGUUUGUCAGUCAAUGGUAAAACACCAGGGUCUCGAAUUAACAAACAUCCAAUGUGGUCUGUGUUUUAUAAAUGAGACAUUUCUUUUGUGAUUUAGGAUUUUUUUUUCCUCAAAAAGGCUUAAUGGGGAUGUUCGAGUGAGGAGCAGCAAAAUGAGACAUUAUUGCUGUCACUGUUGUUUUUGUUUGUCUUGUUCCAGUUCUCAAAACUAUGUGGAAAAAAAAACUGUAAACUGAGAGAAAUAAAUAAUUUUUGCAUUCAUUGGAAAUAUUUUAAUGUAAAUAUCUACAAUACAUGAUCUACUGUAUCAUCUUGUGUGUAAGAAAAUACAAAAUACAGCUCAAAUGAGACCUAAUGUCAAUAAAGAUACAGCAUAGGCACAA